AUGCAUAAGUACCUGCCCCACGGCCUCAGGAAAGCUCUCACGGUCCCCUCUAUUCUGGAGGACAGUCACUCUGCGAAUACUGUGACAUACGAUACAGGUGAUCGUACCGCUGGCACAGACAACCAACUGCUCCCAUUCCGACAGAACCACCACCAUCUCUCUUCCCUAGCCAGCUGGUCAGUACCAGUUGUGAGGGGACAAGGACAAGACAGCCGAAACAAUCAUCUCAGCUCAUCUCUCACCAUCGUCAUGUUGCUGCCCUGCCCAAAGUACACUGACACUAAAACCAACCCUGCAUUACCUGAAGACACUGUCCUGAGUGUCUCUCCUCAGUGGCUGAACCCUGGAGACUCAGUUACUCUGAGCUGUGGGGUUAAAGAGUCAUCUACAGGCUGGAGGUUCUUCUGGUACCGAACUGUUCCCUACACAGCUGGGUUACUSUCCCUAUCRGACASGUCCUACUCUGUAGAGCCUCUAUCUGGCAAUGGGACUAGUGAAGACUCCUACACUCUGAUCCCUGCYGGUCCUAGUCACACAGGAGGAUAUGUGUGUAGAGCUGGGAGAGGAGACCCAGUCUAUGACACACUCUACAGUGAACCUCAGUUUCUCUGGUCAGGAGAUCCGCAACCAUCAGUGUCCCUCAAAAUAAGACCUAACAGAACUCAACACUUUACAUCAAAGUCUCUCUCACUAAGCUGUGAGGAGAAGAGGAACUCUACUGGAUGGAGACUGAAGAGAUACAGAGAGAAAGCAGUGGAGUCAGAGUGUGUCUCUAACUGGGGAUCAAGAGCAGGGUCCACAUGUACCAUGGAAGCAUACACAUGGGACAGUGGAGUGUACUGGUGUGAGUCUGGAUCAGGAGAGUACAGUAAUGCUGUCAACAUCACAGUGGAUGUUGGCCCUCUGAUCCUGGAGAGCCCUCCCUAUCCCAUAACUGAGGGAGAAUCUAUGACUCUGAGCUGUACAAAUAGAUAUCAGGAAACAAACCCGAACCCCAAGGUUGAUUUCUACAAAGAUGGAGUAUUCAUCAGGAAUGAAACCGCAUUAGAGAUGACCAUCCCUGCAGUUUCCAAGUCAGAUGAAGGCUUCUAUAAGUGUAAAUCUAAUGAAGGAGAAUCACCAGAGAGCUGGAUGACAGUGAGAGGUGUAACUCCUGGACAGUCUACAUCAGUCCUAGUAGGAGUGGUUGUGGGCCUGGUUGUUGCUGGUGUUCUACUGGCCAUUCUCCUGGUACUGCUGUGUCGAUAUAAAAAUGCCGGAGGUUCCUGUUGCAACAUAAUAUUCUGGCCCCCCCAGCCCCAGAGGACCAACCUGGACCCCCAACAGGACCAAGGAUCUACCCAGGGCCRGGCUCCUGAUGCUGGGUAUACAYGUCUGCAGCAUGAUGCUGGUGCUGCUACUGCUGGACCAAGUGAUGUGAUGUACGCCCAGAUUCAUCUCAAAGAGUUGGACAAGAAAAAGAAAAAAAUGACAGCUGAUCCAAAAGAAAAUCCAGUCUAAUCUGAGGUCAAGACAGGGAAGACCACAGCAGCAACUGGACCUGUUGAUGUGACCUAUGCUGAGGUUGACCUUAAACAGAAGGCCAAAGCCAAGAAGUAAGAAA